CAUUUCCCAAACUCGUCAUCCUCACAAAACCACAAACUCACAAGAUUUUCAUUUACUAAUCGCCUCAAGAAACGAUUCUUUUUCCGUUCUUUUCCAAUAUUCUACAGAAAUACAGAAGUUUCUUCUGAUACUACACUAAGGAUUGCUCCUUUAUACGUGUUAUCAGCUUCUCUAUAUAUACCACCCUCCGGUUCUCUUCAUUUCAUCAAAUUCAAAAACCCAAAAAGAAAAAGAAACUCUCUCAGAUCUCACAGAAGUAACUUCUUAAUUUCUCUGUCGAUUCCCAUGCCUCCAAGCUUGGGCAAAGCUAGCUCUGACGCCACUGCAAUGGUGAAUGGGUGCACUAACCCGUCUCCGUUUACCGUCAAAGGCUCAAACUUGCUGGCCAAUGGCCACGUCAUCCUCUCCGACGUCCCUGAUAACGUCAACAACACGCCGUCACCGUACACCGACCACAAGUCGAGCACCACCGUCGGUUGCUUCCUCGGCUUCGAGGCCGCCAAUCCCAGCAGCCGCCACGUGGCGCCCCUCGGCAAGCUGACAGACAUCCGGUUCAUGAGCAUUUUCCGGUUCAAGGUCUGGUGGACCACCCACUGGACCGGGUCCAGAGGUCGGGACCUCGAGAGCGAGACCCAAAUGGUGAUCCUCGAGAACUCCGAACCAUUGGGCCGUCCGUACGUCCUGAUCCUGCCCCUUCUAGAAGGCCCGUUCCGGGCCUCCCUCCAGCCCUACUCAAACGACGACGAUUUCGUCGCCGUUUGCGUCGAGAGCGGGUCAACGACGGCGAUCUCCUCCGGGUUCCGGAGUGUCGUUUAUCUCCACGCUGGCGAUGAUCCGUACAGUCUGGUCAAGGAGGCCAUGAAAGUCAUGAAAACUCACCUCGGGACUUUCAACCUCUUGGAGGAGAAGACCCCACCGGGCAUCGUGGACAAAUUCGGUUGGUGCACGUGGGACGCAUUCUACCUUACGGUGCACCCGCAGGGUGUUCUGGAAGGAGUUAAGGGCCUGGCCCAAGGUGGGUGCCCACCUGGGCUGGUCCUGAUCGACGACGGCUGGCAGUCCAUUGGGCAUGAUUCCGACCCAAUUACCAAGGAGGGAAUGGGCCAGGCUGUGGCCGGAGAACAAAUGCCUUGCAGAUUGCUGAAGUUUCAAGAGAAUUACAAGUUCAGGGAUUACGUGAGUCCCAAGAAAAGUGCCGUUGGGAAGGGCAUGGGGGCGUUUGUGAGGGACCUGAAGGAGGAGUUCGAGAGCGUGGAGUACGUGUACGUGUGGCACGCGCUUUGCGGGUACUGGGGUGGGCUGAGGCCCAAUGUUCCGGGGCUGCCGGAGGCGGAAGUGGUGAGGCCCAAAUUGUCGCCGGGGUUGGAGAUGACGAUGGAGGAUCUGGCCGUUGAUAAGAUCGUGAGCACCGGUGUGGGACUGGUCCCACCGGAGAAGGUUGAUGAGAUGUAUGAGGGACUUCACUCCCACUUGGAAUCGGUCGGGAUCGAUGGGGUCAAGGUUGACGUCAUUCAUCUCUUGGAGAUGAUAUGCGAGAACUAUGGUGGACGAGUUGAGCUUGCAAAGGCCUACUACAAAGCCCUAACAUCCUCUGUCAGGAAACACUUCAACGGCAACGGUGUUAUUGCCAGCAUGGAGCACUGCAACGACUUCAUGUUCCUCGGAACAGAGGCCAUUACUUUAGGCCGUGUUGGUGAUGACUUCUGGUGCACGGAUCCGUCGGGCGAUCCAAACGGUGCGUUUUGGCUGCAGGGGUGCCACAUGGUGCACUGUGCCUACAACAGUUUGUGGAUGGGCAAUUUCAUACACCCUGACUGGGACAUGUUCCAGUCUACCCACCCAUGCGCCGCGUUUCAUGCUGCGUCCAGGGCCAUCUCUGGAGGUCCUAUUUAUGUUAGUGACUCUGUUGGGAAACAUGACUUUGAUUUGCUUAAGAAGCUUGUUUUGCCUGAUGGCUCCAUUCUGAGAUGCCAAUACUAUGCCCUUCCCACUCGUGACUGCCUCUUUGAGGACCCUCUCCAUGAUGGCAAAACCAUGCUCAAAAUUUGGAACCUCAACAAGUAUACUGGAGUUGUUGGGGCAUUCAAUUGCCAAGGAGGAGGAUGGUCUCGUGAGACUAGGCGCAACCAAUGUGCCUCUCAAUAUUCCCACUUGGUGACCGCUAAGGCUAGUGCCAAGGACAUAGAGUGGAACAGUGGCAAGAGCCCAAUUCCCAUUGAGGGUGUGAGAGUUUUCGCCAUGUACUUUUCCCAGGCCAAGAAGCUUGUCCUUUCCAAUCCCUUCGAAAGUGUCGAAAUAUCACUGGAGCCCUUCAACUUUGAGCUUAUUACAGUCGCACCCGUGACUGUUUUCGCUGAAAAGUCUGUCCACUUUGCUCCUAUAGGCCUAGUGAACAUGUUAAACACCGGUGGUGCCAUCCAAUCAUUGGCCUUUGAUGAUGAGAAGAGCUCCGUCCAAAUCGGGGUUAGGGGCUCCGGAGAGAUGAGGGUUUUUGCAUCGGAAAAGCCGGCGGCUUGCCACGUUGAUGGAAGAGAAGUCGAGUUCCAAUAUGAAGAACACAUGGUCGUGAUUCAAGUCCCAUGGCCUAGUUCUUCCAAGCUAUCCACCGUUGAGUACAUAUUCUAAGUUUAAGGCUACUAAUACUAAUUAACUACUACUAUAUUUCCUUGCAAGGUAAUGACAUAUGUUUAGAGGCAAGUGAACUGACGACUUGUCAUAUGUAUGUUAAGAAGCAAUUGCGUGUAACUAAUUAAGUGAAGUACGAGUAAUGCCAAGUUUUAUUUUCUCAGCAA